AUGCAUAGCAUAAAUCUCGACGAUGGCAGCAACAAGAUAUCUGCCGACUUGUCAAUAAAAUUAAACGAAGCUAUUCGAUACAUCACCAAGUCAAAGAGAACCACCGUUAUAACUGGAGCAGGAAUCCUGUGUAAUGCAGGAAUACCCGAUUUCCGGUCCGAAAACGGAUUAUACAACAUGAUCAAACAUAAAUAUCCCAAAUCAAUAGUACGAGGUCAGGACUUAUUUGAUAUCAACUUAUUUAGAGAUGAAACGUCGCUUGAAAUCUUUUGUACAUUUAUGGAACGAUUAUACCAUCAUAGUUUGCUGGCAAAACCUACAGAAUCGCACAAGUUUAUUAAACAUCUAAAAGACAAGGGAAAAUUAUUACGAUGCUAUACGCAAAACAUUGACUCUUUGGAACAAAAUGUGGACUUAAAUCUUGGAAUCAACCAACAAGAUUUUGAAGUUGGCAGACUGGGUAAGUUUCGUGAAUCAUGGAAUAAUUUAGAUGUUGUCCAAUUACACGGAAACUUGCAUAAAUUAUCCUGUACUAAUUGUUUUGCUGAAUAUGAAUGGAGCAAUGAAUUCAAGACCAUGUUCAAUCAAGGUAUUAAUCCUGAAUGUACCAACUGUUUCAACAAGUAUCAACAACGGUUAUACCUGGGAAAACGAAUGACGGGGCAUAUAGGUGUAUUAAGGCCCGAUAUAGUGCUAUACGGGGAGAAUCAUCGCCAGCUGGAGAUUCUCAGUCAAGGAUUGACCAAUGACUUGAAAAGCAAACCGGAUUUGCUAAUUAUUAUGGGUACAUCGUUAAAAGUCGAUGGCGUGAAAAAAUUAGUCAAGAGUCUAAGUAAACAAAUUCAUGAACGUGGAGGGAAGGUGAUUUUUAUAAACAAGACAAGUUUAAGUAAAAUGUGGCAUAGUUACAUUGAUUACGAAAUCUUGUGUGAUUGCGACCAAUUUAUUCGCAUAUUGAAGGCAGAAAUUCCUGAUUUGUUCUUGACUCAAGAACAAUUGGACUCAAAGAAGUUGAAAAAUAAAGCUCAUGAGAGGGUUAUCAUGCCAAGUGACGCCUAUAAAUUGAUUGUGAAGCAGGAGACAGGUGAUGAGGUGAGCAAUAAUGCAAAAUGCAAGAGUGUUCAAGUGAAAGUGGAGUCUGGAUCAGCUGAUGUAUCUUCUUCAUCGUCAUCAACUUCACCAGUACGAGUAAAACAGGAAGUAACUAAUGAUAUUUUAACUCCACCUGAUACACCAACCAAAAAGAGAAAAAGACCAGAAUCAUCAACGUCGUCGCAACCACAACAGAAGAAACGACAGCCAUCUUUGAAAAGAGAACCAAAAGUGAAACUCGAAAAGAAUGGCGGUAAGGGAAGUGAUGAAGGGAAGUUAAAUGGAGCAAGAGGUUCAUCUUCGACAACUACUGAUGCAUCCACUACUGCUGCUGCAUAUAGGACACCGGCAUCUUCUUUUGACGAAUCAAUACCGUUGAAAUUUCAAGCUAUAUCCAAACCUACAUCAAGUAAUAGCAGCUAUCAAUUAUUGCAACCACUGCUACAAGAAGAACUUAAUACGAGACAGCAUAAGAGGGUUAGCAAAAUGGAGUCGGUAACGAAUUUACUAGGGAAUAUAUUGUCACUUGAUGACGAAACUAAAGCAAGUAGUGGUAGUGGACCACUGGGGAGACUGAAUCAAGGGCAAGCGACUGUGGCAUCAUUGACGCCAACAAAGAAACGUCGAUCGUUGGAUUUAGAUUUCAGUUCGUUUUGGAGAGAUAGUAAAGAUGGUUCAUCGGGUGGUGAUGAUUUAGCGACUGCUGGUGUUGGAACUGGAAAUGAAGCUACAAAAGGUAAGUCAAAUGCCAGUGCUUCUGCAAGCGAUACAAAAGCAACAAGUUUACCCGGUGGAGGAGCUGAUUUAUCAGGAGGAGCUAUUACUUCCGGUGUCAGUACGGGUGCGGGUGCAGGUGCAACUGCAACAGCCGCUUCGGCAGUUGCUGCUAGUACUGCCAAUGUAUCAGCUACGAAUCAAAAUUACUAUGCUGACAAAUUGAUGGAAAAGGCCAUAUCGAUGAUUAUACCCAAUGAGAUUUAUGACGAACAAACAAACAAGAUGUUGCAAGAUCGUCAAUUGAUGGCUAAAUUGCGACCACCAUUGAGUUUUGCAUUGAUGCAAAAAAACUCCAAUAAUCUACACCAGCGCAAUUCUGAAGUGUACAUUUUCUUUAAUCACGUCUUGAAAUAUGUCAAUUGGUUGGAUCCUUAUUAUACUAUUGGUGUUACGUUACUCAUUACUCAUAUGAUCUUGAAGCCGGUUUUGUUUAUCUGCUUACCUUGGUUUUUGUUAAUGGUCAACACCUUAAUUCCUCAUUAUUUGGUGGUUUAUCCCAUGGAUGCUAGUUUCAAUGGCGAAUAUCUAGAAGUCAAUCCCUAUCCACUGAAACAAGCUUUAGAACCAGCAAAAUUACCUAAACCAGUGCCAUUAUUUAGUAAAGAAUUUUUCAUGAAUUUAACCGAUACCCAAAAUUUCAUGACUUUACAGAGUCAUAUUUUCGAUUUCCAAACUUGGUUGUUUGCUGAUUAUUUGUAUUUCAAAAAUGAGCAAAUCAGUUCAUUCAUUGUCUUGACCUGUUUAGUCAUGGUGGGGGUUAAUUUACUAUGGUUUAAACUGAUUGCAUUGUUUUUAUUGAAUCAUGCUUGGAUCAUUAAGCUAUGGUGGGCAGUGACACUUUGGGGGUUUGUCAUCUUGAUGCAUCCCAGUCAACGGUGCAAGAUAUUAUCAUGGGUUUACGAGGAAGAUACUCGAUUAGGUAUUCAGAAUCGAGUCAAUAGAAUUGAAGAUAAGUUGACAUCGAUCUUAAUUGAUGAGAAUUUACAAUCAGAUUUACAAUUGAAUAAUAAUAGUGAUACCAAUUUGACCUAUGGGAAAUUGAUUGAAGUUUACGAAUUACAGAAGUUGAAUCAAGAAACAAAGAUUUGGGAAAUGGUUGGAUUCACUCCUGAGUUUUAUUCGAUAAAUGAUGGUGUUCGAAAGUACAACCGUGCUGUUAAACAACUAAAUCAUGAAAUUGUCCUGGCUGUGGUGGAAGAUGAUGGUGAGGAUGACGUUGUCGCUCCUACCAUUACUGAAUCAAGCCCAUCACGAAAUACUGGUAGUACCACAACGAGUCACAAUGGGGCAAGUAUCGGACAUGAACACAGGUAUCUUUCAUUACCCAAACGUGAAUCAAUCAAUUUAGUCAAACCUCCCGUGGGCUAUAAGUUUAUCCUCCAUGGUAAAUGGACAAUUGAUUUCAACAUUCAGUCAUGGGUUGAAUCUAAUUUCAUUCAAGAUUUGGUCAUUAUUGAUGACGAUGAAAAAUGGGCUUACGAUGUAACGAUACAUAAUAUAACUAUUGAGAAUAGUGCUGCUACUGCUGCUAAUGAUGAGAUAAUAGAUAAGCGUGACGAAAAUGAUGGAACUGAUUCUAAGGAUAAUGCCAAUAAUAAUAAUAAUACUAAUAAUACUAAUAACGGUGGUGGUAGUGAUGAUGAUAAUGAUGAUAAUGAAGAACAAAGACUACCACAUCAAUUGAAUGAGCUUGAUGAUGGUGAAAUAUAUAGAAGAAGAAGAUGGAUCAGAUACGUGGUGCGGGAAACUUAUAAGGAUAUCGAUCGUCCACCUGUUCAACAAUCGCAUCUUGCUUCGUGGGUAACAUAA